AUGGUGAGGAAGAGAAAGGCUAGUGAUCAGGGAGAAGAAGAGAGAGAAAAGACUACUGAUGGGGAUAUGCAGUGGGCUCAGAUGGUGAAUGGUGCUGCAGCAGCAGUAGGUGGAGCCCGAUGUGCCCAGAAACACUAUGUUGGGGUGCGCCAAAGGCCAUCAGGGCGAUGGGUGGCCGAGAUAAAAGAUACAAUUCAGAAGAUUAGAGUAUGGUUGGGCACAUUUGACACUGCUGAGGAAGCUGCUAGAGCUUAUGAUGAGGCUGCUUGCUUGCUUCGUGGUGCCAAUACGAGGACAAACUUUUGGCCUUGUUCCCAAUCUACUUCUAAUUCAUCCCCAGCUCUUCCCUCCAAGAUCACCAAUCUUCUCCUCCAAAGGCUUAAAGCUAGAAACAAUGCUUGUUCUUCCCCGGCUGCUUCGUUUCAUGAUCACCACCAACAAAAGGAAAUAUCAGAUACCCAAUUUGAUGAUUUCUUUAACAUGUCCAAUGUGACCAACCGCAAAAACAUUGGUAAUAAUACCAGUAUAAGUAAUUCUAGUUGUAUGAGUGCUUGUAUGACAGCAAGUGUUGAAUCAAGUUUCAUUCAAAAGGGAGGUAGUGGUGUGAGAGAAUGUGAAUUGGACAAUAAUUGGACUAAUGUUGAUCAGUUAUUGAAUUGUUUUGACCAUAUUGGAGGCGAGGGAGAGCAGAAACGAGAGGGAGAAGAAAAAAUGGAACAUUAUGGAGAACAGCCCUCGAUGCUUACAGAGGCGAUGAAGAGGAUGAAAUACGAACGCAAUUUUUCUGCUUCACUUUACGCGUUCAAUGGGAUAUCCGAGUGUUUAAGGCUCAAUAUUGAAUCCGGAAACACUGACUUAUCCAACCUUGCUAUCAGAUGCAGAAAAAAUCAAGAAGGAAACAAGAAGGAAGAUAACGAAUGUGUUCAAGGGAUAUGGCAAGAACAAGUAGAGAGCUUUCGAUUCAAUUCAACAGAAAUUGGGUCAUCAUCUUCUUCUUCUUCUUCUUCGUCUUCGUUGAGCAAGGAAUGCAGUGAAUUGUCUCUUUGGAGUUCUCUUGGUCUGCCUCCUAUCACUAUGUUAUUUAGUGGACACAAGGGGCUUGAAUUUUGA